AAAUCGGCUCAACUGGACCUAAAACUGGAACUAAAAGCAGCAAAGGGCCCGAACAAAACCAACGAGCUGAAAUAAACAGAAUAAUGAAAAUAAGACAAAAAACCUGAAACGACCACAGGUGGACUCAGAGAAACUGCUCAGACUAAAGCUGACUAGAAGAACUAAAUUAAGAAGCUAAACUGGACACAAAACCUCCCAAUCAGAACCAAAACAACUAAACAAACUAAAGUAAAUCCACAUUAAAUCUUCACAUUGAUGUAAAACUGUCAGCAAAGGACCAAAACCGUUCCUCCAGAGGUUUCAGUCUGUACCAAAGGAUUCAUUUAGUUUGAAGGAGUAACCCGUCGGCCUUUUUAAGUAGCAGCAGAGUGAGACCUCUUCACUUAUUGCCCUUCUCUGAUGAAAACCAUUCCACUACGUCAAGUCGUCUCGUCCGCUCGGUGAAGAUGUCUGCGACGGGUUCAGGAGGUUGUGGACCGGGACCUGGACCCAGCUCGGGAACCGGGUCCGGGGCUUCCAACCCCCGAAAGUUCAGCGAGAAGAUAGCGCUGCAUACCCAGCGGCAGGCCGAGGAGACAGCCGCCUUCCAGGAGGUCAUGAUGGACAUCACCUCGACCAGGCUCCAGGCCCAGAAGAUCCGCCUCGCCAGGAACCAGGGCCAGUACUAUGGCGGCUCGUUACCCAACGUCAACCAGAUCGGCAGGAACCCUCCAGACUUCCAGGGCUCCUUCCCCUCCACGCUGGAGUCCAGCCGGUCCACUCGGCAUCAUGGUCUGGUGGAGAGAGUCCAGAGGGACCGUCGCUUCAUCUCGCCUGUCCGACCGUACCGCAACCGACAAGUGGACAGCUCUCUGUACAACUCGGCCUACCUGUCUCCGCCACCCGAUGCCAGCUGGAGAAGGAACUGGUCUGGAAACUUCCCCGGGGAUAAAACCCAGUUGUUUCGUCUCCCCACCACUGCACUCAACAGGACCAACUCUGACUCGGCCCUCCACACCAGCGUGAUGAACCCCCCGACAGGGGACCCCUUCACCGUGGGAGGGUCCGGCCUCACCGCCCAGAGCAGCAGCAGACACAGCGGUCCGAGCGACGGGGAAAGCCGAAGAAUGUUCCCGUAUCCGGUUCCUCCCAUCGAGGAGAACGUGUUGGAUGAGGGGAAGCUGCUCAAACCCUGGGACACCAAGAAGCUUCCGUUGUUGUCGACCCGGCCGAAGUCGUGUGAAGUUCCCGGCAUCAACAUCUUCACGUCCCCGGAGCAGCCGUCCACACCGGUUCACGGCGUCCCCUCGGCCCUCAACACAGGCGGCUCCCUGCCCGACCUGUCCAGCCUCCACUUCCCUUCCCCGCUGCCCACGCCGCUGGACCAGGACGAGCCCGGAUACCCAGGAUCCUCCUCUCUGAGUGGGGGCAGCAGCACGGGCAACCUGGCCUCCACCCUCACACAGCUGGGCAUCAACACCGCUACCACACCAGGAGGGAACGGCAGCUUCCACCACCACCCAACGCCAGGACUCCUGGCAUCUCUACAGAGCACGCUCAGUAACCCCUCCUUGCAGUCGUCACUUAGCAACCCCAACAUCCAAUCAUCACUCAGCAGCCACUCCUUUUCCAACUCUCUGAGCUCCACCUCUCUGCAUUCGUCGCUAAGCAACCCCUCCCUGCAGUCAUCGCUCAGCACCUCCCUCUCCCUCCCAUCUUCCCUCAGCAGCCAAUCACUGCACUCGUCUCUCAGUAACUCCUCCCUCCAGUCCUUGUCCAGCAGUAACCACACCUACGGCAGCGGAAUGGGCGGGGCCGUAUCUGUCUCAACCUCCUACUCGCCACUGCUCAGCAGUCAAGGUCAACCCCCGCUCAGCACGUCACCCAGGAGACGAGCCCAACUGUCGCCGCUCAUACUGCCCAUGGGAGGGGAGGCACGGCGGCAUCACUCCAAACAGUUCUCGCCCACCAUCUCCCCCACCUUGUCUUCCAUCACACAGGGCGUCCCGCUGGACACCAGUAAGCUACCUCUGGACCAGCGGCUUCCUCCGUACCCACUCAGCCAGACCCACCAGCACCCGCAGCUACCCGGCACCCAGCCCGGACAGCAGCCUCCUCCGCUGGGUCACCAGCAGCUGCACCGUCUCCAGCAGCCGCGACCCAGCGUGCAGCAACCGCAGCUCCACCUGCAGAACCUUCGCAACCAGCACAUGCAGCAGCACGUUGGAUCGCAUCAGAGGCCGAUGGGACCACAGAUCAACGAGUCCAUAAAAACCGAAGGCGUGUUGGACCCGUGCGUCCAGACGUCCUCGUCUUUUCUGUGCCAAGUCAAACAGGAAGCGCAGCAGGCGGAGCAGCAGCGAGCCGGCAGCCUCCAACAGCAUCAACACUUCAACCUGACAGCCGACUUGUACAACGAUGCCUUGUUCAGCUCCCUGCUGGAUGACCCGUACCUGAGUCUGCAGCUGGCAGGAAAAUCCAACCAGCAGUUUCCGCCUGAGAACCCGGCUGACGGGCUGUCACUGAACCACGGCGGUCUGAGCUACAGCAGCACCGACAACAAUCCUCUCUCUGACAGCGUGGGGCCCCUGGAGCUGCCGGACCCCGGGAACCAGCAGCUGCUCAACAACCAGAACCAGAACUACAGCAGCGGAGACAGACGCCACAAUGUGCCCAAUAUCAUCCUCACAGGUGACUUCCAGACGGGCCUGUCCAAGGAGAUAACCAGCGCUCUGUCCCACGUCCCUGGCUUUGAGAUGGACCCCUUCACCCUGGAUGACCCACUCAGGAUCGACCCGCUGUCUCUGGACAUGCUAGAAGGAGACCUGAUGCUCGCUGACCCGGCGGUAGAGGACUCCUUCCGGUCCGACCGGCUCAAGUGACCCCUCAAGCUCGGUGGAAACUGCCAAACGGCUGGCCGCCUGCUUGGAGCUGAGGAGGAUUUUGCACAACCAGAACCCAACGCUUCUGCUCCUCGGCUCGUCUAGAAGUCCAGGACCUGCUGCUUGCCCGAGUCUUUCUGCAUGCUGAUGAAGAUGCUAUGUCCCAGGAGUCAAUGUGGCCUCGGCUUUAUGGAAAAAACCAGCAGCACUUGGAAAAGCUUUAUACACGCUGAUGUGCACGAAGCCCCCGAAGCAUCCUGUCGGACCGUUCCCCGUUUCCACGUGGCAGCCAUGUUGACAGGAAGUGGACUGUGUGGGCUCAUGGCGUCUAUCAGCCUCAUCUACAGGAAGUUCAGACUGUGAUGGUCUUCCUGCUCUGAGCCUCCAGUCCAGCGGGUCGGGUCAGAGUCUAGCUGCAAAGUGCCAUUCCAGACCAGGUCCGGGUUGAGCCCAGACCAGAUCCUGAUUAAGUCCAUGCUGAGUUCAGCCAGUCUUCAUGAUCCGUCUGCUCCACCAAACAUCUGAUCUGUCCUGAAGGUUCCAGAGUUCGUCCUGUAAGCCACAAAGUCCUGAGAAGUCUUCAUCAGUACCUGCAGCUCCUUCAUCAUCAUCAUCAUGUGGAGCUGAGUUCUGGUUCUGAAGAAGUUCUGCUCAUCAUGUGGAGCUCCAGCUGCUCUGAGAUUAAAGUUUGGAUCAGUUUCUGCCACCUGCUGGUCACAGUGUAGAUUGCAGCUGUUUCACAUCCUGACAUCACUUCUCUCCCUUGAUUGGUCCACUUUCUUCUUCCUCGCUGUCUGAGCAGAACUUCUUCUGUACCGUGCUGAAGGAGCUGGUUCCGGUGGAAACAUCAUAUGACCAUCAGAAACCAGUAGAUCCAGCCAGAAACCAGAUCACAGAUCUUCAUUAUGGUUGAUCUGGUCUCCUCAGAGCAGAUGGACCGGCUGCAGGGACCAGCAGCUGACUCUGUUUGUGUGUGUGUGUGUGUGUGUGUGUGUGUGUGUGUUGACUUAUGGUUGAAGAUACUCUGUGAUGUCACAGAAACCUGCCAGCCUUCGGCACAGAGCUCCGCCCCCUCAGGUCUGCUUUUAAAGGGCUCUUCCACCAAGUUCCUCCAUCUGAAGCAGCCGGUCACCGCGUUUGUUUUUGUGAUGGAUCAGAAGCUUCUGGCAGGCUGUAAAUGUCCCACACCAGAUCUUCAGAAGCACCCCCACCCUACCCUUACCCUGCCCUACCCUACCCCACCCUACCCUUACCCUGCCCUACCCCACCCUACCCUUACCCUGCCCUACCCUACCCUGCCCUACCCUGCCCUA